AUGACAGCCCAGGGGCUCACGCCCUCGCCGCUGCUCCUGCUGCAGCUGGUCGCGGGCGCUGCCGGCGCUGGGGGCGCCCGGGGGCGCGGGGAGGGCACCACACCGCACCAACAGAGCAUCAUCCUGGGCCGAUGCGCGGAGUACGUCGCGCUCCUGAAUCCAGACCAGCGGGACAAGAACUGCACAGCUAUCUGGGAAGCCUUUAAAGUGGUGCUGGACAAGGAGCCCUUUGUAUUUCCCUCCGACUACGACCUUUUCAUUAACCUCUCCAGACAUUCCAUUCCCAGAGACAAGUCCCUGUUCUGGGAAAACAACCACCUCCUUGUCACUAGCUAUUCAGAGAAUGCCCGUCGUCACUUGAUACCUCUGUGCAAUGUUCUGUACAGGACGAUUGGUGAUUUUCUGAGCUGGUGUCGACAGGAAAAUGCCUCCGGACUUGAUUACCAGUCCUGCCCUCCAUCAGAAGAUUGUGAAAACAACCUGGAUUCUUUCUGGAAAAGGGCAUCUGUGCAGUAUUCAAAGGACAGUUCUGGGGUGAUCUAUGUCAUGCUGAAUGGUUCAAAGCCAUCAGGAGCCUAUCCUGUUAAAGGUUUUUUUACAGAUUUUGAAAUUCCCUGUUUCCAGAAGGAUAAAAUCACACGAAUUGAGAUCUGGGUUAUGCAUGAAAUCGGAAGACCGGAAGUGGAGUCCUGUGGAGAAGGCACUGUGAAAAUCCUGGAAGAGAGACUGAAGAAAAUGGGUUUUCAGUACAGCUAUAUUAACGAUCACCUACCAGUGAAGCUCUUCAAGUGCGUGGACCACAGCACCCAUCCUGACUGUGCUUUGAAUUCGGCAGCAGCAUCUACUCAAAGAGAAGUCCCACCUCUCUGGGCAGAACAUGGUGCCAGCCAUAUCAUUCCUUUCUUAGGAAGGAAUUCCAGUGGCUCUGGCUUCAGCUGUUCAAAUGUAACUGGAAACUCCUCUGUGCAGCCCUAACCAUCCACCAGCCCUGAAGCCUGCCCUUUGCACAUUCAUCAUUCUUGUUCUGUGCAUACCAGGUGAUUCCACUGUCUAAUGAAGCUUCCUGCUGGGAA